CUCUCCUGCUUGCCUCUCAUCCAUUCUUUCCGCAGUCUUACAUUUCCAUCGGCCUUCGGCAUGCAUUCUCCGUAAUUGUAGCAAUGGGGCUAUUCGUAGACAUCUGGCAUCGGGUGUGGGACAGCAUAAUCGAUAAUAGACAGAAGUUGACAGCGACGGGCGGUUUUCUGCUGGGCAUCAUCGUAACUUUAGGAUUCAAGGACUUUUACCCCGAUCUCGAACAUGCUUUUCAAAGGCGCGUACGACAGGUGAGAGGACAACAGCAACACCAUCCACGGCCAGGACAGGCAGAUUAUGUUCGCCUCGAAGAUCACACCAAAAGGAAAUCUCUCGCACCGGCUGCUGCCAAUCUAGAUACCCGAUGGUCCCAAUCAGAUGCGAUCACGGCACAAGAGGAAAUCAGUGUGGGCGUGGAGGGCCUCAUCGGUAAUACUCCACUCAUCAAGCUCAAGUCUCUUAGCGAAGCGACAGGAUGUGAAAUUCUUGCAAAAGCGGAAUUACUCAAUGGUGCGGGCAACAGCCCGAAAGACAGGGUUGCUCUAUCGAUGAUCACUCAUGCCGAAGAAGCCGGCUUGCUUGAACCUGAUCGCGGAGAUACGAUUUAUGAAGGCACAGUCGGCUCAACUGGCAUCUCACUGGCAGCAGUAGCGAGGGCCAGAGGAUACAAAGCACACAUUUGUAUGCCCUCGGACGUGGCGGUCGAGAAGUCCGACCUCCUGCUCAAACUCGGCGCCAUAGUCGAGCGCGUCAAACCAGCAUCGAUCGUCGACCAAGGCCAAUUCGUCAACAUGGCUCGCCGCCGAGCACAAGAGCACACAGAUGACCCCUCGAAACCUGGCCGUGGCUUCUUUGCAGACCAGUUCGAGAACACGGCCAAUUACCUUGCACACCAAAAUUCGACUGGACCAGAAAUCUAUCAGCAGACAAAUGGCCAGCUCGACGCUUUCAUCGCUGGCGCAGGCACUGGAGGCACAAUCGCAGGUGUCGCACUGGCCCUCAAACCGCUCCUUCCUGAGCUCAAAAUCGUCCUCGCAGACCCUCAGGGAUCAGGUCUCUACAACAAGAUCAAGUUUGGCGUCAUGUUCUCCCCAACCGAGGCCGAAGGUACGCGACGACGCCAUCAGGUCGAUUCAGUCGUUGAAGGCGUAGGCAUCAAUCGUCUGACCACCAAUUUCAACGCUGGCAUGCAUCUCAUCGAUGACGCUGUCAAAGUGACAGACGAGCAGGCAAUGAAAAUGGCAAGAUGGCUCGUGGAAAAGGAAGGUUUGUUUGUUGGCGCUAGUAGCGCUGUGAAUUGUGUUGCAGCGGCGAAAUUGGCAAAGCAAGAAGGGUGGCAAGGAAGCGGAAAGAGAAUCGUCACCGUAAUCUGUGAUUCUGGCACGAGACAUCUUUCGAAGUUCUGGAAACUGGCUGGAGAUAUCGGAGGCGAGGACGUGGAGUUCGAUCUGGAUGAAAUUUUGCAGGAUGACAAGAUAUGAAGAGAGUCCCUGAAGAUGAAAUUGUCGAUUCGGCAGUCUCUACGGCCCGUUUACAGCUUUGCAAUAGCUGCACCACUUCUGCCCUUUCGGAUG